AUGCCGCAACAGUACUACUACCCACAGGCAAACGAGGAGCUGAUUCGACACUACAAACUGGAACCUCAUCCAGAAGGCGGCUACUAUGCGGUCACCUUUGUGAUGGAGGAGAAGAUGAAGUCUCCUUUCGCUUCCGAUGACGAGGAGCGCAACAUUGCUACCUGCAUCUACUAUCUACUAUGCCACAAGUCCCCUGGAUGCCCCGACAGGCCUUCCCACACCGAGGACUCGGAUGAGCCUGAUCCGUUCAAGACCUGGUCAAGCGACAUCGGCGUCUUGCACCUCAACAAGUCGUCCACAAUGCACGUUCACCACGCAGGUAGGUCCAAGUACACUCUCAUAUCUGCCAGAGCACCGCUCGGCAAAGGUCUCGUGGACGAAACCGGUGAUCUACUCACGAAGACGAUAGUGAUGGGUGAUGACAUUGCGAAGGGCGAGGUGCGACAACUGCUAGUAGAGGGGGGUUGGUGGAAGGCCAGCGAGGUUCCUGAGGAAGAUCGCGAGGCAGCCGAAAACGCAAGUGCAGACGGAUCAAGGGUGGGCGCCCUGAUCUCUGAAGUCGUCACGCCGGGCUUCCACUGGAACGAUCACACAUAUCUGAACCAAGGCAAGCUCCGCGAGCUCUUUGCCGGCUGUCCGCGCGCCGAAGAGUUGUACGAAAAGUACAAGAAGUACGUCAAAGAGCAAUGA